AUGCCGAGCGCAGAUCCACACUCUGAGCGCUUCAUCGAAGCCCUAUUCGCGCAACCCAGCGACCCUUUCCCUGUCGCAAUGCGGUUCAUCGGCACCAAGAUCCUCCACUUGACACGCAACGUACCGCGCACCGAGUGGCAACACGACUCGCAACAAGGAUACAAGUACUCGCGCUAUUCAGAAGCUAAAUCUGUUUUUACGACCGAAUACCUGCGAACCCACCUCCCCGAGCAAUACUGCUUCCUGCUCGAUCUCGCGCAAGAAGGCACGAACGACCACUGGGACGAGUUCUUCAACGAGAUCGUCGGCCUUACGGUUGCCAUAUACACGUGGAAGCACAACCUGUGCCAAGCGUACGUCCAGCCUUUCAAGGCCCCAAUCACUGUGGAGACCAGCAGCCAGCCUGUGGAUGUUGCGAACCUAAGCCCGGACGAUCGCGAGUGUUCGAUUUGCCACGAGUCGCUGGUUUUCGCCGGCGCGGAGCCCGCUGUCAAGACACACUGCGAGCAUACGAUGGGCCGCGACUGCUUGAACACUUGGAUCACCUCGGGUGCGGAAAACGCCAGCAAAUGCCCUAUCUGCCGCCAAGAAUUUCUUAGCACCAACCCGCCUCAGCGCCGUCCCGGCCGCCCUACCACCAACGAUGACUACUCAGACAUCGUCGCCAUGUUCCCAGCAGAAGCCCGCGUGCAGAUUGCGGUGGUCGAGAGCUGCUUUGCGGCCCUGGGUCCGCUCGAGUCGAUAACCAACGAAUGCUUGCUUGAGCUCCAGGCUGACCAGGCACGAAGCUCGACGAUGAACACGCUGGGAGCCAGGCUGCAUGCGCUGAAGUUCCAUGAGCUGAUUCAUCACAUCAUGGAGCUGCUGAAGGAGCUGCAGCUCCCGAGUGCUAUGGCAGGGCGGUUCAUCCUCUAGGUGCUAUGUGAGCUGGGUUUUGUACGUCUUUUUCUCGCGAAAUCUCAUGGUCUGGGAUCUUCGAGCUGGUCUGGACUGCCGAUGGUGCGGUUUGACUACUCUCCGAA